AUGUGGUCAUGGGCUACGGGAAGGCGGGCAGCCUCGCUUCUUGUUCCAGCUUCUCCUCGUCGUCCCAGCACAACCGAUCAAAAUUGCUUCCGAUCAAGCGUACCGCACCAACACGACUUUUUGUUUCGAAUUGAAGCUUUCCUCCCUUCCAGCGAUCACCUUGAGUCUUUUAGCGCCAUCCGCUCGUUCUCGACGCGCCCAGACGGCCUGGCGCCUCCCCGUCGCUUCACCCUCAAUACCGACCGAGUCGACUUUUCAUUCCAACAACUGCUUGUCAUGGCGUCGCAGCAGGUUCUCUUCGCUGAGACAAUAGCGGGCAUGAAAAAGGCUUUUAAAAGGAAAUCAUAUGGUACGCAAAUUUUGUGCGCUUUUUUGCGCCUGAAGAAUCCCCAGCUGACCGUGCCAACCACAGAGUCCGACUCAGAUUCCGAAAUCGAGAGCUAUAGCAACCGUGGAAAUAAGCUCAAGAAGAAGGCACGAUUUGCCCGUCAAGGGCAAUUGGUUCCGAAUAAUGGCCCGAGCUCCUAUAAAGAGUAUGUCGAAUACGCCGGCGUGUGCCGACCAAUCCUUUGUCGCAAUCCUCCCUUAGUCGACGAGGAAGGAUAUGAGAUAGACAGCGACGAUGAGGACGAGGAGCGCGUACACGAAGCCGAGGCCUCGGCCGCGGAGUUGAAUCCAUAUGCCAACAUUCAAAUAGAGAAUAUCCUUGCACCACUUACCGCAUCGACCGCCUUACCGACACAUCCAACCCUCUCGAAACCCUUCACGUCAAAAACACUUACUCGGCUCGUUGAUCAAAGCUGUGACAUUAUGCGCAAAGAAAAUCGUUCGUUGUGGAAAGUCAGGCAUCUCCUGACAGCCCUGUGCGGCGACUACACUUGGGUUCCAUGCGAGAUGAUGGUCCGACCGGCAGAUGUCGAGCUUUACACAGAUAACCAUAUAGCACGCCAUCUAUUGGCUCUAUCUCAAGCAGUAUCAGCGCUUCCUGCAAUCACCAAUGGCGAUAUUAGUCAACAGCAAAAUGGGGUUGGAGUUGGAGACAUUGCACCAGAUGCCACCUUGGGCGUGGAAGGAGAACCCAUGGAUAACGACGCGGCGGAGGAUGCUGAUAUAACCAUGACAGAUGCGGGGACGGCCGACCCAGAUGAUUCUCAUCUUGAAGAUGCCAUCGACGAUGUGAAAAUGGAUGCUGAAAAUAAUGUGGGCAUGAACUCGAAUGUUCAGAAUGGCGAGCAGACGCCAGCUUUACCAGCCAAUGUUACUCAAAAGCUCAAUGAUCAAACAACAAACGGUGUCGUCGAGAGUUCGAACGAACAGAAGCAAGGCAAGCCCGGAGCUGGGGUGGCCGACGCCUCUACACAGCCUACAGCCGGCGAUACGCAUCAACAAACCGAUCUACCUGAGACAAUAGUACCAGACGCACCCCUGGUAUCCGAAGAAGACGAUUUCAUUCAUCCUUUGUUCCUUGCACCUGCAGGUGCAAGGCCAGAUAGGGAUAUUGGUUUGCCAGAUCAAGAAGCAGAAGAUGUCCGGCGGCUACUAGCUCUGUAUGUGCAAAAGCAAGAAGAGGUCUGCCGGGGAGCAAAGAAGUUGUUCUUGGGGCUUCUCAAAGCUGAGCAGCUACGAAAAGAUGUGCUCCACUGGUCCAAGGCAGAAGCUCAUGCAGGGCCUAACCGAGACAUGUCGGACGGCGAGGAUUGGUACGACAAGGAGGAAUGGGGCUUAACAGAAGAUCUUAAGAAGGGGCAGGACGAAGAAGAGGAGGACGUCCAGACAACAGGCAAGAAGACGAGAAACCGCCGCCAAUAA